AUGAUUCUCAAAGUAAAAACAUCUGAACCUAGAGACGCCUUACAGCUGGAGAGAACCUGCUUAUCGUUUGUUAGAUUUUCAACCACAUUGUUCAUUACAUCAUUUGGAAUUCUUUUAAAUUUCAAAUUGGAUUCCAAUUCAUCUAAUAAUUUGAAAAACAAUUUCCUUAAUUCUGAAUAUACCAAAGCUUUAACUUACUUGUUAGUAUGUAUAAGCAUUUUGUUUUUAGUAGGUAGUUGUGCUAGUUAUCUAGUCACUAUAAAACGUUAUAAAAUGGGAAGUAUAGAUAAUUUCGGAUUUAAUAAUAUCUACAAUGGGAUUUUGAUGGGGGUCUUCAUUCUAGUAUUAAUUUUCAUCAAUAUUUCUUUGAUGGUUGACAGUUAUAGACAAUCAGGCUAG